UCUUAAGUUCUUACGUUAAGGAUUUCUUUGUGCGUUGAUUUAAGUUAAAUUUUAAGUACAACUUAGGUUCGUAUGGAGUACUUAACGUAGCAUAACGCGUUAUGGAAGAGUUUGUGCGGUGGCCCUACGACUGCAACACCUACGUCUUGUUCUCGAAUCUGCCUUCGGCCUACGAGAAGAGUGAGUGAGUAGUAGUAAAAGAUGAAAUUGAUACUUCGUUGGCCCCAGCCAUUUUGUGACCAAAAUGUAUAACAAUGGAUGGGAAGAUCUUUCUUCUACCUAUCCUUGUCUCACAGAUGUGUCAGAUGUUGGACGUUGGACACAGUUUCGGCAUACGGAAACGGACGGUAUACGCUAUUCCGCAUUCCGCUUCCAUUAGUAUAAGUUCUAUGGGGUAGAACUAGAAGACAUCUUACUCAUUUACUCCUUGCCCGAGAGAGAAUUAAAAAAUCCCCCUUAUAAACAACGAGUGUAUCAUAAUUUUAGCAUAUGUUAUUAUACACGGUACUGUUUGUAAUUAAUACGGUGGAUAUCACAUUUCGAAGACAUGAGUAAGAAUCAUAAACAUUUGAAACGCCUAAAAUCAGAAAAGGCAAAAGUAAAAUUAAAAGCAAAGAAAUCUGUUGAGCGUUUACCAAAAGGCUCGAAUGUUACGAACACGUUGUUUAAAGUAAAAAAGAUACUCAUACGUGAACAGUUAAAGCGACGAGAUGAAACAGAAAUUGUCAGCACUCGCAAAUUAUGUAUCGAUGAUUUAUUAACGCGUUUUCGGCAUCACAAUUCGACUGUGAGAGAAGAUGCUUUGAAACAGUUGAGAGAAAUCUUGUUGCAACAUCCUCCAAGAUCUUUACAUUCACGAUUGAAUUCUUUGUUACGUGGUAUUGUAGCGUUAUCUCUUGAUAAAGACAAAGAUGUGCGAACGAAUUGUUUUUAUGUGCUCGAUUUUAUUCUUGGCCAUAUUUCGAAUGAACAAUUGACACCCUUGAGUGAAAUUGUAACAUCUUACUUGAAUUGUGCCAUGACGCAUAUCGAUCCACGUGUGAAGGAAGAUUCUUUACUCUUCUUAGAUGUACUUGUAAAAAAUUGUGGUAGUGUCGUAGCAAGGGAUAGCCAUAAGAUACUACCCAAUUUUUUAAGUAUGAUAUGCAGGUUACAUAAUGAAGUUGGACCUGGAGUGCGAUUAACAAUGUCAUUAAAUGCCAAAAGCACUGAUGUAAAAUGGAGAAUUAAAGUUCUGGAACGUUUGGCUAAUGUGUUUAUCUUAGUUGUAAACUAUAGAAAGCUUUGUUCGAGUACGCGAUCGAAUAUGGUGCUUCCAACUGUGAGAGCUAAAAAGUAUACUCCUGUGUAUAGCAACGGUGCUACUCGAGUUUGCGAAAUUAAUUUCGACAAUGAUGUGAACUCGAUAGAUAAUCGCGCGAAGGAAACUCUACCGAUAGAGGAAUUCGUAAAAUAUGUAGACUUAUUGAUGCCACUAAUGUUCAAUAUUUGGCUUGAAGUAUGCCUGAAAAAUGAAAAGGAUGACAGUCACACUGAGAUUACACUUCCGAGCGAUGGAGUCGCAUUAUUGAAAAGCAUCGUCGUAAUUAUACGAUCCAUGACGGAGUAUAUUGAUACGUUGGAUCACGACGAUUACGAUGUCAAACGUAUGAAACGCUGGUUUAAAGAUACGUUUCACGAUGCCUAUAUGAAACAUUUUCUAUCAAGAUUUCCGUACGAUGAACCAAAGCCACUUAUUAAUGAAUCCAGAAAGCGUCAAAAAGAUUUUUCUCAAACGGAAUUUACAGAAGGAUGUUUAGAACAGAAUUUGGGACUUUGUCAAAUUCAAGCAUGGUUUACGUCACUGUUUAGCCAUAACAAGCAAUUUUCCAAAUCUACUAAGACUCACUGUGCAUCCAUUAUAAGAUAUUUAAAUGAUGCUAUUGAAAAUUGGUGCGACUCAUCUGUGUUACCGCAACUAACUAACCUUUUAAGAACUUUAUUCUUGAAAGCCGGUCCAGUUUGGCAUGCCAACUGUAUUAAUUUAAGUCAUACUCUAAGAUUGAUUAUUGAGGCAUCUUCUCGUUUAUCUAAGAAAGAAUCGCAAUCGCAUUUCUAUCUGAUUAUUAGUGAUAUUAUGUUGGAAAGUGAUUUAAAUGAGUUACAGAGAGAGAGUGCGUUUAAAAACUUUGUUGCCAUAUUACCGAGUUUACUCUUGGAACCAAGCAUAGAUGACGUCGUUAUACGUAUGAUUGGUCAAAUAGUUGCACGUUUUAAGGAAUGGAUCCAGAAAGAAUUAAUGGCUAAGCAAGAAUCUAUUAUCGCGAAUAUUAACAAAAUCGAAAUUAUAGGUUCACACGAUGAUAAACAAUCCAGGCUCAUGAUCUGUAAUCUAUUUUACUUUUUAGAUUCGCAGAUUUACUAUUAAAUAUAAUUCGAAUCGGUCAGUAUUAAAUCGAUUCUUCGAUCGGUUUUUCUGUUUCGAGCGCAGGCCUUGAUUUUUUAUAAAAGUCCAUCAAUAUAUAACGAAUAGCAUGCAUACGUAUAUAUUACAUUCUUCUCUAAUUUAUAAUAGUGGCGUUCUUGUAACUUGGUAUAUAAUUUGUCUCGUGCCGCGAGGAGACCGCGAAAAUGAAAAGAAAAAUGUUAGAUUACCCGGUGUAUAUCGGAUUAUUUUGCUGUGAAAACUGCUACUAUUUUUCUUAACGACAAAGACCAAGUCUUUGAUUCGAGUCUCUUUUCUUCUCAUCUCUCCUCAAAAAUAAGGUAUGUCUGACGUCACGAUGUUAUUUAUAGUAAUUUAGUCAAUAGCUGAAAGUUGCAUGUUGUGUAUUGUUAUUUUCUUAUGCACGUUGUCACGAAAUGCACAAUUUAUAUUGCCGAGAUAAAUGAAUGUUGUGAUAGCAGAGCAAAACGUGCCGUGCCUCGAUCUAUAUAGGUAUGUGUUAUUAUCUGUGUUCUUCAUAAAAAUCAUAAAAACGUUUGAUUUUACGUUGAAACGUUGUAAACCUAACAUAUCCAAUGGAAUUAUUGUAGAUAC